CAGCCAGACUGUCAAGAAGAUGGAGAUCCCCAAAGCAUUCGGGCACAAUUAAAAAGAGAAGAAACUGAUUUUUGGGAUGAUUUGAGUGAUGAUGAUAUUCUGCAGAGUUCUGUGAAAAAAUCUGUCAGAAGGAAGCCAUGCAAUGAAAAUAGUUUUGUGGUAACAAAAGAACAGCUUUCCUUAAUGCAAUGUGGAUUCUCUAAGUUGUUGCAGAGAGAAAUUGAGACUACCAAAGAAGGGGAUCACAAUUAUGACUCUCAUCAUUCAAGUUCUGAUAAUAACACUAUAAGAAAAAAUGUAGAUAGCAAGCAUGGUGGUUUUCAGAAAUGUCAAACCAGUGUGCCUGUUUUGGAGCAUGGGAAAGUUGUUCUGUCUCCAAAUGGAAGUGAUGAACAAGGUAUGCGUAGUACAGAGUGGCUUGGUUUAUCAGGCUCUGAGGAGGAAGGAGAAAGAAAAAAUGAGGAUCAAAGCAUUUUAAAGCAAUGUGACAUAGUCAUGGAAACUGAAAGUAGUUCUGAAGCAGAUGAUGAUGUCAUCUUUCCUACCCAAGUUCAAGUAUGCCAGCAACCAGUGCUUACUAAAGAAGUUGAAAUACAUAGGUCAACAUCUGAAAAUUGUGAACAGUUAGCAAAAGAAAAAGCUGGGUUUGUAUUUAAGGAAAAUAGUAGUCAAUUUGUAUUCCACAGUACUGAGUCUAAUUUCACCAUGUCUUUUAAAGAUGUCAAGAAUGACAUAGAUUUGAAAGGAACGAGUGACGUAAGUGAUGAGUCUGAUGAUAUUGAACUUCCCCAUAAUUCUGAAUCAAGAAAGCUAGGAACUCUGAGUUUUCCAAAGAGGAAGAAAUCUCUACCACAAGCAAAGAUGCCCUAUAGAAAAGGAAAGGAAAGUGGUUCUCAAAAUAUAGAUGAAUUCUCGUCCUCUGAAGAUAACUUUCCAGUUGAGAAGAUUCAUGCCAGGAAGAAAAGCUAUAGGAGUAAACAACAGAGCAGCAGAAUUCAGUUUGGGUCUAAAAUGAUGUGUCCUAUUCAAGAUACCUCUGUUGCAGAAAUGAAGUCUAGCAAUAACACUACGCAUAGAACUUGUGCAAGUAAAACUGUAUUUGAGCAUCAAGUGAAAAUAAUGGAAUCAAUGGACAAAUAUUUAGAUGGCGUUCAAGAAGUGGCAUAUAUCCAUUCAAAUCAGAAUGUGGUUGGAUCCAGCAAGGCUGAAAAUCACUUGAGCCGAUGGGCGGUGCAUGACGUAUUUGAAUUGAAGCAGUUUUCCCAGCUCCCUGCUAAUGUUGCUGUCUGUAGUGCCAAGAAAAAUUAUGAAGUUCCAGAAGACAAUACUUCAGAGAAGAAAGUUGUUAAGGAAAGGCAAGAAAUGUUGAAGAACAGUAAGCAUCAUCUGUACGUUACACAUCCUGUGACCCAGAGAAGCAAAAAAGUACACAGAGUAGGUUCAGCCACCUUCUUGAUUGGAAGGACACCCAAAGGAAUACGCAGGAGACAAUUUGAGCAAAUGGUGUCUCACUUUAAUAUGGGAUCAGUGGAGUACCUUGCAGAAUACAUUGCAAAAGCUACAUCAGAAACCAGGCAGAAAAUGUUGAAGGAAUUCUAUGUUUCCAAGCAUCCAGAGAUGGAGUCUUUCUUCUCACUUGAAAUACCAGCAGAAGCUUCACAUAACUGUGAGGAAAGUGAACUAGGUACAACACGCUCCAGAAAAAGAAAAUCCAUUGUUAAUUUUGGAAGAUCUGAGUCUAGACCUUCAUCAGCUAAAGGACUACUUCUGGGUGGAACUACAGAAACACAGACCCAGGAGGGCCAUAAAGGAGAAGCAGAACAGCUUCACAAGGACUCCUACUUGCAAGAUAUGUUUGUUGAUGCAAAAUAUAAACAAUCACCUACUAUUGCUGCUCAACAUAUCCAAAAAAGAAACAGUCAGGCAUUCAAGGAUUUUAUGGCAUCUGGUUCAUUAAGCAGUAAAUCAGAAAUAAUUGAGGUGCUGCCUGUAAAAGGUUGUGAAGGACAGCAAGAUUCAGAAGAAAUACAGAUACCAAAGGAAAGAUCCAUGUCUCAGUCAGAAAAUAGAGACAGAAAAGCUCAGAUUUGCAAGAAAAAUUCUUUUGUGGACUUAAUUGGAGAUACCUCUAUUCUCGAUGAAAUCUUCAGAAAUGAUGGAAAUGGGUCUAGAGGAUCUCUAAGGGGAUUCUCUUCAGGACAAGCAGAAAAAUCAAAGGGGAGACCAAAAGAUUUCUGGGAUAUGCUGAAUGAACAGAAUGAGGACACCUUCAAAAAGCUCACAGAUAUAGCAGUCAUAGAGAAGCUUUGUGAAAGAGCCCCUCAUUCCACAGUGUCAGAAGAGAGAGAAGUGUGUGAAAGUUCUCUUUGGAAAAGAAAUGAAACUUUUUUGUGGAAAAAAUACAGUGCAGAUGAUUGAGAUGAACCAGCUACUGCUAAAGCUUGUAGUGUAGUAAAAUGAAAGUUUUCUAUGCAAUUUGCACUAUAACUAUUUUAUUUGAACUUUGACAGCAUUAUGCCACAAAAUAAGGUAAUUCCAUGAAAUUAAAGGUAAAAUGGUGAUUUUAUAUUUAUAGUGAUACAGAAUUACAUUGUACAAGUAAUUAUUUACUUGUAGUUAUUUACAAGUGAAGAUGUUUGCAAUUUCAUAUGCAGUGUAUAGUACAUAUAUGCAUAGUCAUGCGUAUGUACUGUAUGUUGCAACCUGUGGUAUAUAAUGAUUUUAUAUUAAAAUUUUUUAGAAUUU